UACGCAUAAUAAUGCAUUAUUUAUCUUCGUUAAAGUUAGAUAAACAAGGAUGAAUGAUGCAGGCAUGCACGUUAGUGCAUCAUACGUAAAUUGGAACUUAACCUAUAAUAAUUGUACUCUAACCUAUACAGAUAUUUGUUUACUGAAUUUACUGUAUCCUCGUAGACCCUCAGAGGCUCUCUACCUGUAUCAACCGGUAAAAGGAUUGCGUGGUAAUCAGGAUUGCGUCAGUCAAUACUUUAAAACAUGUUUUAUCACAUUUCGUUGGAGCACGAGAUUCUGUUACAUCCCCGGUACUUCGGUCCACAAUUACUCGAUACUGUAAAACAGAAGCUUUACACAGAAGUAGAAGGCACUUGCACGGGAAAAUAUGGUUUUGUCGUUGCAGUCACAACGAUUGACAAUAUAGGAGCUGGUAUUAUACAACCGGGACAGGGCUUUGUAGUAUAUCCCGUCAAAUAUAAAGCAAUUGUAUUUAGGCCAUUUAAAGGUGAAGUGUUGGAUGCAAUAGUGACUCAAGUGAAUAAGGUUGGAAUGUUUGCUGAAAUAGGUCCACUAUCAUGCUUUAUAUCUCACCACUCAAUUCCAGAGGAUAUGCAGUUUUGCCCAAAUGUGAAUCCAGCCUGUUAUAAAUCAAAAGAAGAGGAUGUAGUUAUCCAGGCUGAUGAUGAAAUUAGGUUGAAAAUUGUCGGUACGAGAGUUGAUGCGACAGGAAUUUUUGCUAUUGGCACUUUAAUGGACGAUUACUUAGGUCUUGUAUGCAAUUAGCGUGUCUGCAGUUUACUUAUCCAAAUUUUAUUAGUUUAAGAUAAAUAAUUUUGUAUUCUAAAUAUUUUAAAAUAUUUUCAACUUUUGUAUAAAUAGCAUAAGAUUGAUAUAUAUAUAUAAAAUCUGUCUGACAAAAAGAUAUGAAAAUAUAAUAGUAUAUAAAAGCUGCAAAUGCACAUAAAAAGUACAAUUUAGAUAUCCUAUCUUUAUGUUAACAUGAUAAUAACAUACUAAGUUAGAAUUAUUCAGGAAACAUUUAUAAUAUUUAUGAAAUAAAAUUAAGUACAAAAUA